GCGAGCUCGUCCCGCAGUUUAAUAAAGAGGUGCUCGCGGGCCUGGGCCGCGGGCUGCGUUUCCCGUCUCUGUCAAUAAAGUUUUUCGUUCAAAGCCGCUGAGCCAAAAUGGCGGCGCCCAUGGCGUGGGUCAGACUCAGAUUCUCGCUAUUCUCGCCGGCUCUUUCCGGGGUCCUCAACCGCCUUUCGGAUCGAUUCCGCAGGAUAGGGGACAGAAGAAGCGGAUCCUCGGUGUUGCUCCUGGCCCCGCUGCUGGCCCAAACGGACCCCGAUGCCCUGGUCUCGACAUGGCCGCCCGGCUCUGCCGGCACGGAGGGUCUUCAGGCCCGCUUCCGCUGGAUGGCUGAGCUGGCACCCGUGUUCCAGGUCCCCGGGGCGUGCGUGCGCGUCCUGCGCUCCCCAGAUGAGUUCUACCAGGUCAUGAAGGCACGCGUCAAGACGGCCAGGAGGCGGGUGGUGAUGGCCUCGCUCUACCUGGGCACGGGACCUUUGGAGCAGGAUCUGGUAGACUGCCUGCAGGAAGCGCUGGAGCGUUCGCAGAGUGUAGACGACCCCCACGACCUCACUGUGUCCAUCCUGCUAGACUACACGCGAGGAUCUCGAGGGAAACAGAACUCGCGCACCAUGCUGCUGCCUCUGCUGCGGCGCUUCCCGGACCGGAUGCGCGUCGCCCUGUAUCACACGCCCGACCUGCGCGGGCUGCUCCGCCUCCUCGUCCCGCAGCGCUUCAACGAGACCAUUGGCGUGCAGCACAUCAAGGUUUACUUGUUCGACGACAGCCUUAUCAUGAGCGGUGCCAACCUGAGCGACUCGUACUUCACCAACCGACAGGACCGCUACGUCUUACUGGAGGGCUGUCGCCAGGUGGCGGACUUCUUUGCCGAGCUGGUGGGCGCCGUGAGCGACGUGUCCCUGCAGCUGGGGCCAGAUGACAGCGUGCGCACAAAGGAGGGCAUGGUGCACCCCUACAAAGGUGACCGCAACCAAUUCUCGGACUCCGCCCGAUGCAGGAUCAUGCAGGUGGUGGAUGCGGCACGCGAGCAGCAGCUAUUGCAGCGGGGGGAGCCGGACGGGGCCGACACUUGGGUGUUCCCUCUGGUUCAGAUGAAGCCUCUGGGGAUCCGAGUGGACGAGCAGGUGACGGCGCGACUGCUGACCGAGGCCGACAGAGACGCCACGGUCUACCUCACGUCCGGCUACUUCAACCUGACGCGCGCCUACAUGCGCCUGGUGCUGUCCGCCUCGGCCCGCUACCGCAUCCUCAUGGCCUCGCCAGAGGUCAACGGCUUCUUCGGCGCCAAGGGCCUGGCGGGCGCCAUCCCAGCCGCAUACGUCCACCUGGCGCGCCAGUUCUACAGCCAGGUGUGUCGAAGGGGCCAGCAGGAGCGGGUGCGGCUGCACGAGUACCAGCGCCGGGACUGGACCUUCCAUGCCAAGGGGUUAUGGUAUUACCUUCACGGUAAAGACCGACCAUGCCUCACCCUUAUUGGGUCACCGAACUUUGGCUACCGCUCUGUGCACCGGGACCUGGAAGCACAGAUCGCCAUAGUGACUGAGAAUGAGGCGCUUCAGGAGCAGCUGCAGCAGGAGCAGGAAAUGCUGUACCAGAGGUCAACAGAGGUGUCCAGUUCCACGUUCGAGCAACCCAAUCGCUAUGUCAAACUUUGGGUCAAGCUGGUCACUCCACUCAUCAAGAACUUCUUCUGAGCUUGUUUUGCAACCACGGUGUCAACAGAAGAGGGUUGAAGGUCCAGAUGAAAGUGGUCCUGCGUGAGCAUGUCUUGUACACGGGACGCUACCAGACGUUCAGUCUCCGGUCAGGCAGGACAGGUCACUUUCAUAAAGAUGACGGACAUGGAAGGGCGUUCACAAUCCCUCCUGUCUGGGUGUCCCAGCAUGCCCCUGGAAAGGGAACACCCGAGCCCAUCUACACCUUUCUCCCCACAUCUGCAGCUAGAGUGUCAUCUGCAGACAGGCCUAACCAUCUAACACUGCUCUAAAUGUUUGCAUCAAAAUAUGUGUAAUGCACUCCUGUCAAUUAUUUAUAUUAAUUUACAUUUGCUCCAGUUCCAUCUGGACCGCAUGUCACAACAGAUGUGUAUAUGAUAAUACCUCUUUGCAUUUGGUUUUGAUGUUCUCUUUUCCAGUCACUUUAAGGUCCCUUAUCAUCCACUUCACCCAGCAGUGUGAAUUCAGGUUAUAAGCAAAGACUAUUGAUGUUACAGAUUUAAAGACGGAUAGAAGCAUUAACAGACUACUGUGUUUUAUAACCAGUACUGUAAUAUGGCUUUACCUCCAAAAAAGAUGUUCCACCUUAGCUUGAUGGAAAAGAGCCCUGCAAGCAUCUAAAGCCAAGAAGACUUUUAAGAAGGAAAAAUAUUGCUUGUCUACUAAUG